ACUGAAGAGAGACUUGCUCACAGAGAACUCUUCGAGGAAGUGGGAGUGGGGAUGCAUUUCCACUGAGUUCGUGGUGCAACAUUUCCCGUAACAGUUUUCCAUAUCAGGAAGCCUGUGAGGCUACGGCAUUACACUGCAAACACGCAGCACGUUCCCACGAAAUGGGUCGUUGCUGUUAAAUUGGUUUAGUAUUUGUCAAAUCGAAGUGGAAUACAUCGUUUCUAAAUGGAGCCAAACAGGCGAGUUCGCGACAGGAUGUAUUUCGUCCUGCUUAUUUUAGGGAAUAUUGCAACAGCUCUCUCUGGACUGACGUUUGACUGUUUCAACGACUACGAUAUAUUGAUGCGUUGCCAAUUUGAAGCGCAAAACUGCACUGGAUACCAUAUGAUUCUAAAAAACAACUACUCGAGCAAGCAGGAGCAGUGCAUUUUCGAUCAGUGUGAUGCUGGACAGUGUUGUUGCUCUAUUCACAACAUGAUGUUUGUAUACGGGGAGCAUCAUAUAACGACAGUUUUCAAAGGAAACAAAACCAUGGGGUCUAAAAUCAUUGACAUCAAAAACACCGUUAAACCCAAAGCCCCAAUAAUCGUCUCUGUCGAAGAAUCCAAUGGGAAUGUUCAAGUCAAGUGGAAGACAAACUAUAAUGACCACUUCGGGGAUACUUUGUAUUCUACAGUCACUUACCAUAUAAAAGGAGACACAGCAAAUAAAUCCAUCUCUAUCAAACCAAGUACACUUGGUGGACUGUAUUACUAUGAAAUAACUGGUAAAGACUUGGCGCCAAGUACAACAUAUUGGGUCAGCGUGAAAAGCUUCACAACCUGGAGUAAAAAGUUCAGCGACAGCAGUCAAGAGUUUGAAUUCACAACCCCUAUGUCCUCGAAUUCCCUAGCCGUGACUAUCGUCAUCAGCCUCUGUAUUGCUGCUAUCAUCAUCAGCGCUGCUUUGUAUGGCUGUUGUAUAAAGCUCAAAACUAAGUGGUUGGAAACAGCCGCCAAAUGUCCAAAUCCCAAACUACUGCCGAUGCGUUCAAGUGAGCAAGAGGUCUUGAAGCCUGCCCCGCUAGUCAUCUCUUCUGUCUGGGUAGACUCCGUCGAUACAGAGGACAGCAAAUGGUUGGAGUGGUCACUGAAAGACCCAAGCUGUGGGAGCCCUCUGCAAAGCAGCGGAAUCAAUACUGGCUCUUCUUGUCUUAGUUAUGCUAAUACAGAACCCGCUGACAUUAUAGCCAGAGUUCAGGAUGCUCUUGGUUUAGCCUUCCCUGAAAUACGCCCUAUGUCGCCUUUGAUUACCAAUGCGCUCACAGAAACAAACAAAGACAGUGGUUUGCCCUCCACUCCCUACAAACCCUGUAAUGUCAGAGCUGAAGAUACAAGUGUUGGAUCAUAUAGCUUUGACAAUGAAACCUAUUCCUGCCUACUUCCCAACUUUGCACAUCAGAUUGAGAUGGACUGCUCUGAUGUCAAGGCUGAAAUUCCUUGUGACUCUGAAUACCUUCAUAAUACGAGCACCAUGGUACCCUGUGUUGACAAACAGGCACUGGCUUGUCCACUUUUUCAUUUACCACCACAGGAUCCAUCUCUUAUGCCAAUUGACAUGUCAUACCAGCAGAACAAUGCAGAUUCCUGGGGUGUUUCGCAUGCGGAAGACUCCAGUUUGUCCUCAGUGUCUAGUGGAACCAACACAAUAGCGUCAUGGGAUCAUGUGUCCGGAUUUAAGUCUGACAGUGAGGGCUUUGAUGAAGCCAUCCAUGAUGCAACAAAAGGGCCGAUUAUAUGUGAUGAAAACCCCUCCUACGGCGCUGUACCUGCAGGCUUGCAGAGCCUACCACCAGUAUACGACGACUACCAGCCAUUUCAGAGUCUGGUGGAGCAGCCUUGUUAUUCGUUUACAGAGGAGAAAAGAGGCGAGGAAGAGGACCAUUUAAACAAAUAUCCAGAGGAGACAUUCCCCAAGAUGCCUCAGAGCUUCUUAGGACCUGUUGCUUCAGGAGUUAUUAACAAUGUCCAGUGUCCCCCCAACCUCCAAAGACAGUUACUCGCCGUGAUCCCUGCUGACCAGUCAAUGCCAAUCAUCACAGACAGCGACUAUCACAGUGUUUAGCACUUUGUUUUUAUGCAUUCAUUUUUUGUGUUACAUUUCUCCUUGUUUAAAUGAUAUUGAGACAUUGUUGAGAAAGCACAAAAAAGAGGGAGGAUGUUACAGACUUUCAUCAGGGUAUUAGACCUUAAGAUUACUAAAGUUUAAGUUUUUACUAUUACUAUUUUUUUGUGAACCAUUUUUUAUUGUUAUUUUUGAUUAAUUCAUGUUAACAGAAAAGAGCAUGUAUACAGAUACAGAUAUCGUUUUAAAUUAAACUUAUAUAAAUUCAUGGUAUAUUGUGCAUGUACAUACACCCGGUAAUUAGCAAAUAUUAUACAUAUAUACAUUAACUUAGAUUGGCAUUACAUGCACAAGCAGAUACAGACGUACACCUGCACAUACGUAUACAAAACUUAAUCCUAUAUACUUAUAAACAUGCAUGCACACAUACUUACAUACGAAUGUACGCAUGCACAAAAGCAUACACGCAAUAUAAGUAUAUUCAGUACCCUUAUUUCCCUCCCUGGUGAGUGAUCUAUUACUAUUUUAAAGGCUGUUAAGGAUACAAUUUUUUGGGACAAGCUGCAUUCUAGAAAAAGAAAAAAAAACGUUGCACCUUCAGAGCAUUUGAUAUGAUUAAUUUUGUCAUGGGGUAGCCUAUGGUCGAAUAGUCAGUUUAUCUUAGGAAGGUUCCUAACGGAGCGAAAUGACCCGGAAGUACCCAUGAUAAGAGCUGUUGGAAUUCUCUAGAUGAUAGGAAAGGAGCUCUGAAACUUCCUUUAUAACCUCCUUUAGCUUAGGAAACACUGGACCUUCCGUUAUGAAAGGAAAGGAGAAAAUGCAACUCUAUCAAAAAGAGAAAUAUGAAUGUUACUUUUUUACUGAAAUGUGGGAUAGUGUAAGUGCAGUCGGAUUCUCAAAGCACUGCAGUGUCUUUUCCUAAGUCCUUUUGAAUUCUCCUAUCCACUAUUCCUUAACCCCGUGACAUUUCACGCAAAGGUCAAGGUAUAGUAGAUGAGAAUAGACGAUAAGAGCUGAUUUUUGGCUAUUCGACCGUACCCAUGGCCUCUACCUCUGCCCAGCCUGCACCCUCUCCCUCUCCCCCUCGUGAAAACAGGUGUGAAGGAGUCAGGCAGCCAGCUGCAAGCAGUCCAAUCUCCUCUGCCAUAAAGCUCCGGCUUUCACUCCGCCACAGUGCCAGAUCUUAGACUCUGUUCACACAGUUAGUCAUUUCUCUAGCUCCUUCUAUAUUUAAUGGUGUCCAUACCUCCUCAUUCAACAGUGUAAAGUGUUUAAAUACUUUCAAUGUAUUCCACAUAUGUAUCCUUAAAUCUUUAUUGUUGUUAUUGUAAAUAUUCUUCUCUCUUUUUGCACUAUUUUAUUUAUCUUAUUUGCACCAUGUAUGUUGAGUUGUUGGAGGAGCAUGGGACAUAAGAUUUUCAUUGCCAACAUAUACGUUGUAUAUGCUGUGCAUAUGACAAAUAAAACCUUGAAACCUUGAAACCUCAUAGUCAACAUUCAAGCUGUUGUUUUCUGGAUAUUUGGGACAGAAAGGAUUAUCAUUACAACCUGUUGCAUACAGUACAUUGGUAGGUAACACAUGAUAUAUAAUUUAUGAGGUCAGAAUACAGACAGGAAAAUCUUUUGAUCCUUCAGUGUAUUUAUGAUGGACAUUUUAUAGCCAGAACUUGGGUUGCCUGUCAAAAUGUUGGCAGUGAUACAGAAUAAUGCAGUCACACUUCCCUUUCUGACUUUGUUUAUUUUUUUGUUGCACAGUUUGCUUCAGACUUGACCAGAGCUGUCAUCAUAAGAAUAUAGUAUAUACGCAAUUGUGCUAAAACCAAGCCUUUUAAGGACAAUUAAGUUUCAAGGUUUCAAGGUUUUAUUUGUCAUAUGCACAGCAGAUACAGCGUAUAUGUUGGCAAUGAAAAUCUUAUGUCGCGUGCUCCUCCAACAACUCAACAUACAUGGUGCAAAUAAGAUAAAUAAAAUAGUGCAAAUAGAGAGAAGAAUAUUUACAAUAUCAACAAUACAGAUUUGAGGAUGUGAAAUAUAUACAUAUGUGGAAUACAUUGAGAGUAUUUAAAUACUUUACACUGUUGAAUGAGGAGGUAUGGACAGAUGCAUAUAUUAUAUAUAACAGAUGUAUAUGGCAGAUAUGUACAAUAUAUAGAUAUGUGUACUAUAAACAGAUAUGUAUGGCAGAUGUGUAUAAUAUAUAGAUAUGUGUACUAUAAACAGAUAUGUAUGGCAGAUGUGUAUAAUAUAUAUAUAUAUAUAUAUGUAUGUGUGUACUAUAAACAGAUGUGAGUAGACAUUCACCCUGUGUUUGAAACAAGUGAUCCAUCAUAAUGACCAGGUGUCAUUCAGGGUUGUGAAAUCACUUCCUCAUUGCUCUUCUUUGGAACUGCUGAGCCACCUCCACAGAAACACACCCCGUCACAGCAAAUAUGCAAACUUACAUGAACUCUUUUUACUGUAAGUACAGAUCAUUAUGCAUUGAAAUGGUGGAAUAAGUGAAACAAAGAUGUUCAAAUGAGCUGGAGUUGUACUUUAAAGGAACAUUGCUUUUAAUUUAAAACAUGCAAUUUUCUCCUUAUGUCAGUUGUGUUGUUGUGACAGAGGACAUCGUAUGUAUAUCUGCAAAUGAUAAAUGAUAAUAAAAACCAAGUGCUUAGCUACUCUU